CGACAUUUUCAAAACAAUUUUAAACAAACGUUCUUUCAAUACAUAUGAAAAUCCAUCGGAGUAAUUUAAAAUAAUGCGGAAGCCUUUUUAAAGUCAAACAACUUGGGAUCUUGCCCGAAAACGUAAUAAGCAUUAAAGUUAAUUAAAUAAAGCAUAAUCAACACAUUAAAGAGACAGCCACGCCAUCGUACAUCUCCUCCUCAAUGCCCUCUGGGAUCGGCUCUUGUUUCAUCUGUCUGAUCACCUACGGACAGCAAAAGAAAACAACGCUAUCCGCUCAGCAUUGACACUGAGUGGUACUCCAUUGUAGCACAAGAAUAAACAUAAUAAUUCAACAAUUAAGAUCGUGCAUAUGUUUAUCCUUUUAAUAAAAAUCAAUUCAACUUUGCAUUCGGUUCUUUAGACGGUUGACCAACAGUCAACUUAUUUUCUUUCUUUUCAAAACGAUUUAGGUGUUACGGUUUUCUCAUGAACUCUUUGACCACCGGUCAAACCAAUUUGGACUUUCACCAAAGUCAAACCACUUAACAUUUAUUUCCUAUGACGGAGAUAGCCUCAAUCCGUAAUACCGAAGAUGGCCUCAAUUCGGUGGAGGUAGGAUCCCUCGGGCGAUGGCCUCAAACCCAAGAUCGCAGACCCUCGUGCGCACGUCUUAACCUCACUGACCAGGCCCUGCAGCCGCCCGAGCGAUGGNGACCUAACCCAAGUCAAAGUCAAACCUGUUCAGUCAAUUCACAAUCCUCAACAAUUCAAUUCAAACAAUCAAUUUAAUUCAAUUAACCAAUUUAGCCAAAUUAUAGCAUAAACACAUAUAACGAUCCAAACCAUUAAAUCGAUUCUGAAUGCUAUUAACUUCAUAGUACGGACCUGGAUUACGUCGAAAUCGAAUCGAUAGCUCGAACGGAAGACAAAUCAACGAAAUCAACCGAACGGGUCAAAUCGAGUCAAAAUACGAAAUCGACCAAUCAAUCCGGCGUGGGGUUGAUCUGCCGGCGAUAUCAACUCGGAGCAGCGGCCGGCAGUGGAGCGGCAGUUCGACGGCGAUGAGCAGCGACUGGCGGCGCUGCAAUCGACGGCGGGGAAGGACGCCGGCAGUGGAGGCGACGUCCGGCAGAACGACGAGGCGAACCGUCGUCGGCGGCGCUGGGCAGCGACGGCGAUUAUGGUGGUCGCCGGUAGGGGAGGCGACGGACUUCCGGCAAAGGCGAAGCAGCGGCGUCCGGCGUUUGGCGACGUCCUCCGUUUGGCGUGGCGGCGCUGCACCCGUCGGUGGUGAUGGCGGCGGCAGGUGGCGAAGGAAGCAGCGGCUAGCUUCCGACGACGGGCGACGACGGCUGGAGGCGAAGGAAGCAGCGGCUGGCUUCCGGCGACGGGCGAUUGGCUCCAAUUGGAUGGCGACGAGGAGCGGCGAAGCUGGGGAAGGCGACGACCGGCUGGGCGGCGGGCUUCCGGCGGCGAGGGACAGCGGCUCUGGCUUGCGCGACCGGCUGGGCGGCGAAGAAGAAAGAAGAAGAAGAAGGAAGAAGAAGAAGAAAGGAGAAGAAGAAAAAGGACGGAUGAAAGAUAAGGUUUGUGUGGUUAUGUUUAUUUAAUGGUCCCAUUCCAAAAAGGAUUGGGCUUCGGACCCAAAAUACCUGAUUAAAUGGUCAUAACUUGAGCUCUGUAACUCCGAUUCGCGAGCCGUCUGAACCGACGCGAUCACAAAAAUAUUUCCUACGAGAUGACAUAAAAGUUGGGCUUAAAAUCCAAAUUAUAAUUUUAACCCCUUUUUGGGCCCAAUUCGUAAUCAAUUGCUCUAACAAUU